UAUGUCAGAUUCUUAACCUCUGCGAUCUGUGAUAGUGACUUAUCAAAAUAUUAACAAUGUCUAGCGUUUUGUGUCCUGAAAUUCCGGCUCCAGGGUUUUCCUUUGAAAAUUGCCGCAGAAAUGCUAUGCUUGAAAAAAAGGGCUUGUCAAUCCCGAAAGCCCAAAAAACUGGUACCACCAUUGUUGGGAUCAUCUACGCAGAUGGAGUGAUCCUUGGCGCUGAUACUAGAGCAACUGAGGAUACUACAGUUGCAGAUAAAAACUGCGAAAAGAUUCAUUAUUUGGCCCCAAAUAUGUAUUGUUGCGGAGCGGGAACUGCUGCUGAUACAGAAAUGACCACUCAAAUGGUAUCGUCCCAAUUGGAACUCCAUCGCCUUAAUACGAACCGCGUACCCAGAGUUGCUACUGCAAACCAGAUUCUGAAACAAUACUUGUUCCGCUAUCAGGGGCAUAUUGGGGCUGCUUUGGUUCUUGGAGGCGUCGAUUCUACUGGACCUCAUCUCUACUCCAUCUUUCCUCACGGUUCAACCGAUAAACUUCCAUAUACUACUAUGGGUUCCGGAUCCUUGGCUGCAAUGGCUGUUUUUGAAACGCGCUGGAAACCGAACAUGUCUGAAGCCGAGGGAGUGAAAUUGGUUCGAGAUGCCGUCGGUUACGGUAUUUUCAAUGAUUUGGGUUCUGGAUCGAACAUAGACAUUUGCAUUAUUCGAAAAGGGACUGUAGAGUACUUGAGGACUUACGACGAGGCCAAUAAGAAAGGAGAAAAGCAGAAUUCCUACAAAUAUCCAAAAGGAACUACUGCCGUUUUAACAACUCGAGUGAUUGAUAUUGAGGAAGUCUCUGUCAGAAGAUUAGACAGAGUGGAAGCGAUGGAUACUGCUUAAAAAGACUAUUUUCAUGCAAACGUUUUUUUAUAUUAUUAAUUGCCGUGUCACUAUUUGCAACUUUUUGGCAAGCAUUAAAAUAUAAAGGUGUUCUUAUAUCA